CAGCAACAGCAUCACCCCGUCACAGCCUCCUCGGGUUCAACUGCGGCUAAACGCACCGCGCCGGGCUUCCUGUCACAGCACAGCGGAGCUGGCGUGCGUACAGCCCCUGCAAGGAGAUCCUCCUCCUCCUCUCCUCUCCUCUCCUCUCCCCUCUCCGGCAGACAUCGUUUCGUCGUCCUCUAUCGGCAUUUUUGUAGCGAGCAUCCACAUCAGCCUCAGCAUCAGCACCGCCGCCUCGAAGCCCAGACCAGCAGAGGUGUCUCAUCCACAUUUACAGGAGCACCGCGUUACGACUCACAUUUCUAACCGGAGGAAUUGCAGUCUUCAGCAUUUGCAGGGUUCUUAUAGCGUGGAAUUGGACUUAAGAAAUGGCUCUACGUCGGAAAGACUUUGUGCUCUGUGCCGAGGCUGUGCUGAGUGACUAAGCGGAGCCCUACAAGCCAUGGAGGAGAUGGACAGUAAACCCUACCAGCCGUUGUCGAAAGGCCGCCAUGAAAUGGAGAUGUCCUACACCAGCUCAUCUGACGAGAGUGAGGACGGCCGCGCCCAUCACCGAUCCUACACUUCACGUGAAACCCUGCCUGAUUACACCCAUGAGCUGCGCCUCACCCUCGGUUCACACCGGGAGAGACAGAGCAACUACAGCCAGCCCCAGCCAGAUUUAGACUUCUGUAAAACCGGUCAGAUGAGGAGCCCAGACUACCACAUCCACCCACAGCAGCAGCAGCAGCACCAGGAGGAGGAGGAGGAGGCGCUGUGCUCCGGACCUGCCGCUCACGUCCACGGCCGCGGCUACUCCCUGGGCGUGGGUUCGGAUGUGGACACGGAGCCGGAGGUGGACCCCUCCCCCGCCCACGGCCUGCAGCACAUGUGGAUGCGCGGCCUCAAGUCUGAGCAGAGCUCCUGCCUCACGAGCCGAGCCAACUCCGCUCUGUCUCUUACAGACACCGAGCACGACAGAAAGUCUGAGCCUGACAAUGAGCUGCCCAGCAGUCCAGGUGGUCAGUUCACAUUUCGUCCGCUGCCCCCGCCGCCGCCGCCACCGCACGCGUGCACCUGCGCCCGCCCCGCACCUUACACUCAAGUGAGCCUGCAGAGGAAGACCAUGCCAACGCGGUGCCAGGCCGGUCAGGGCGGCCAGGGGGCAGACAACAGUUCGAGCACAGACCAGGCACAGCUUCACAACAGCUGGGUGCUCAACAGUAACAUUCCCCUAGAGACCAGGCACUUCCUGUUCAAGCAGGGCUCUGGUUCGUCCGCUCUCCUGUCAGGGGCGGGGCAGGGCUACCCCCUGACUUCUGGGACGGUGUACUCACCACCACCUCGGCCCCUCCCUCGCAGCAGUGUGACCAGACCACUGUUUACCUUCAACAAGCCUCACCGCUGUUGCAACUGGAAGUGUACGGCACUGUCAGCGUCGCUCCUCACCCUCACCUUGGCCCUGCUGCUCACAUAUGUCAUCGCGGUCCACCUGUUAGGUCUGACCUGGCAUCUGCGGCACGGCGAGAGCCAGCUGUAUGAGAACGGCCUGAGCUCAGCGGACCAUCAACAGGAGGACCGCGGCAAAACCAGACCUACCAGCUCCAUCCACCUGCUGGACACACUCAACCCUGAAAACACACACGCAGGUGACAGAGAGAAAUGGGUGCGGGGCCGGGCCAUCGACCGUGGCGAGGUCGACAUUGGAACCCAGCAGAGCCAGGCCAUACCGCCGGGACUUUUUUGGAGGUUUCAUAUGACUGUGCAUCAUCCGACCUACAUCAAGUUUAACCUCUCUCUCUCACACAAUGCACUGCUGGGGGUCUAUGGACGCAGGAACAUCCCACCUACCCAUACUCAGUUCGACUUUGUGAAACUGCUGGACGGGAAGGCGCUGCCGAGGUCCUUGACUGAUCCUGUCUCAGCUGCCAAAGCUCCCAAAGGCCUGCUGCUGAGUGGCCUCCAAGAAACAGGCUUCAUUGAAUACAUGGACCCUGGCACCUGGCACCUGGCUCUCUACAAUGAUGGGCGCAACCUGGAGCAGGUUUUACUCCACAGCACCCCAAUAGACUCAAUGGACGGCUGCUCCACGGACUGUAAUGGAAAUGGAGAGUGCGUGGCGGGACACUGUCACUGCUUUGCCGGAUUUUUGGGUCCUGACUGUGCCAAAGAUUCAUGCCCCGUCUUGUGCAGCGGAAACGGUGUGUAUGAGAAAGGCAGGUGUGUGUGUCUGGCCGGGUGGAAAGGAGCAGAGUGUAAUGUGGAAGAAGGUCAGUGUAUCGACCCCACCUGCUCCAACCACGGCUCAUGCAUCCAGGGAAUCUGCAUCUGCAGUCCAGCCUACAAGGGGGUUAACUGUGAGCAAGUGGACUGCAUAGACCCACAAUGCAGUGGGCACGGUGUGUGCGUUCGAGGGGAGUGCGUGUGCUCGGCGGGCUGGGCAGGGGUGAGCUGUGAUGACCCGCUGCCAGCCUGUCAGGAGCAGUGUUCAGGACAUGGCACCUAUCUCCCUGAGUCAGACACCUGCACCUGCCAGCCCAACUGGACAGGACCAGACUGUUACACUGAGUUGUGCCCAGUGCCAUGUGGCAGCCAUGGUGUUUGCUCAGAGGGCCAGUGCCAGUGUGAGGAGGGCUGGAUUGGCGCUGCGUGUGACCAGAGAGCGUGCCAUCCCCGCUGUGAAGAACACGGCCAGUGCCACGACGGGACCUGCAUCUGCCAGCCCGGUUGGGAGGGGGAGCACUGUAACAUCGUUACUCAUGAUUUGGAUGUCGUUGUGAAAGAUGGGUGCCCGGGGUUGUGCAGUGGGCAUGGGCGCUGUACCCUGGAGCAGAGUGGCUGGCGCUGCGUCUGCCAGGCUGGAUGGAGUGGGCCUGGAUGCAGCGUUGUCAUGGAAACUGACUGCAGUGAUGGAACAGACAACGACGGAGAUGGCCUGAUGGACUGCGUCGACCCUGACUGUUGCGAGCAGCUGAGCUGUGGGUCCGACCCUCUAUGUCACGGUUCGGCUGACCCCUUAGCCCUGCUGCAGCAAAGCCCGCUGCCCCCCACUACGCCCCCCUCACCCACCAGCGCACACACCCACACCUUCUACCACCGCAUACGUUUCCUCCUCGGCAAGACGGCUACGCACACUCUCCCUGGAGAGGUGCCCUUUGAUACCAGUCGGGUAGCGGUGAUUCGAGGUAGUGUAGUGCUGCAGGAUGGCUCGCCUCUGGUUGGAGUUAACAUCACCUUCCCUCAGCACCCUGAGUAUGGAUACACUAUCAGUAGGCAAGAUGGAAGUUUUGACUUGGUAACAUUAGGAGCCAUGUCUGUAACGCUGAUGUUCCAGCGCCCGCCUUUCCUGCCACAGACACGCACCAUCUGGACGCCUAACAACAACUUCCUCGUUCUGGAUCAGGUGACCAUGUCCAGGGAGGAAGUGCAGUCUCCGAAGUGUGACAUCAUGAGCGUUCUGAGCCCCUACCCGCUCGUCCUGCCCUACCCACUCCCCAGAUAUACGGGAGCAUGUGUAGAGAAGGGCUCAGCUGUGCCUGAACUACAGGCGAUCCAGGAAGGAGUUUCAAUCCCAGGUGCUUUUGUAAAACUCAACUAUUUGAGCACCCGUGCGGCAGGCUACCUGUCCCUGCUGCGGGUCCUCCUCACACCCCCAUCGCCAUCGUCCCCCGUCUCCCCUCUGGGUGGGCUGUCGAAGGUGCAUGUCCGGGCCUCGGUGCAGGGACGGUUGUACCAGCGGUGGUAUCCUGCUGGACCUGGUCUGGUCCACCGACUGGUCUGGAACAAGACUGAUAUUUACGGCCAGGAGGUCUGGGGCCUUACACAUGCAACAGUGUCCGUGGGCUAUGAGUACGAGUCGUGCCCUGGUGUGAUCCAGUGGGAGAGGCGGACGGCGUUGAUGCAGGGUUUUGAACUGGUGCCCUCUAACCUGGGCGGAUGGUCUCUGGACAAACACCACUCCCUUAACAUUCGCAGUGGAAUCCUUCACAAAGGAAAUGGGGAAAACGUCUACCUCUCCCAGCAGCCUCCUGUCAUCAGCACCGUCAUGGGGAACGGUUUCUACCGGAGCGUCCCCUGCGUCCCCAGCUGCAGCGGCGCCGCCCGUGACAUGAUGCUGUUUGCACCUGUGGCGCUCGCCAGCGGCCCCGAUGGCUCCCUCUACGUGGGCGACUUCAACUUCAUCCGCAGGGUCCACCCCGACGGAUACACCAGAACUGUGCUGGAACUAAAGAACCGGGACACCCGCCAUAGCACCAGCCCCGCCCAUAAAUACUACCUGGCAAUGGACCCAAUGGGAGAAGUCCUUUAUGUGUCCGACACCAGCAGUCGCAGAGUUUACCGGGUGAGGAACCUGGGACAGCCCAAGGAUCCGUCCCGUAACCUUGAGGUGGUGGCGGGGACGGGGGAGCAGUGCCUGCCCUUCGACCAGAGCCACUGUGGAGAGGGCAGGAAGGCGACCGAAGCUGCACUCAACAACCCUCGAGGUAUUGCAGUGGAUAAAAGAGGUGUUGUCUACUUCGUGGAUGGCACUACCAUUCAGAAGAUUAAUGAGAGGGGUUUGCUCUCCACCGUGAUUGGCUCGAAUGGACUGAUGUCAACGCAGCCUCUAAGCUGUGAUGCUCGCAUGGAUAUCAGCCAGGUGCGCCUUGAAUGGCCAACAGACCUGGCUAUUAACCCUCUGGACAAUUCUCUCUACAUCCUGGACAACAACAUCGUCUUACAGGUGUCAGAAAAUCUCCAAGUACGUAUUGUAGCGGGCCGUCCCAUCCACUGCCAGGUUCCAGGUAUCGACCAUCACCUGAUGAGCCGGGCGGCGGUGCGCGCCACAUUGGAGGCUGCCAAGGCCAUCACAGUGUCUCACCUGGGCACACUGUACAUCGCAGAGACUGACGAGAGACGCAUCAACCGCAUUCAACAGGUGUCGACCAAUGGAGAGAUAUCAGUUAUCUCUGGAGCUCCCACGGACUGUGACUGUAAGAUAGACCCCAACUGUGACUGCUUCUCUGGAGAUGGAGGCUACGCCCGUGACGCUCGGCUCAAAGCCCCAUCCUCGCUGGCUGUGGCCCCCAAUGGUACAUUAUAUAUUGCUGAUCUGGGCAACAUCCGGAUCAGAGCUGUGAGCCCCAACCAGCCUCAGCCUAGUCCAGCCGGCCUGGUGGAGAUCAGCUCCCCAUUGGACCAGGAACUCUAUCUCUUCAGCCAGAAUGGCUCCCACUUGUACACCAAACACCUGAUCACCGGUCACUACCUGUACAACUUCUCCUACGGGACGGAGGGACAGCUGUCAGGAGUCCUGGGCCGCGAUGGCCACGGGCUCCAGGUGAGGAGAGACGCUCAUGGAGUACCUCUCUGGCUGGCGCUACCUGGUGGACAGGUGUACUGGCUGUCUCUUAGCAACAGUGGAACACUAAGGAAAGUGUCAGCCCAAGGCCAUGACAUCGCCCACAUCACUUACCAUGGCAACACAGGUCUCCUAGCAACCAAAAGUGAUGAGAACAGUUGGACCACUGUUUAUGAGUACAACACUGAAGGCCGUGUGACCAACAUCACCCUCCCCACGGGAGAGGUGAGUGGUUUCCAUGGCAACCUAGAGCGCUGGUCUCGGGUCGAGGUGGAGGCAUCGAACCGUGAGAACUUCGUCACCAGCACUAACCUGUCAGCAAGCGACACCAUCUACACAUUCAGACAAGAACAUGCGCAGAGUUCAUAUCGAGUCAGCGCAGAUGGAUCGUUUUUGGUGACGCUAGCGAGCGGAAUGGAGCUGUCCCUCACCACGGAGCCACUCCUUCCCGGAGGCAUCGGGGGCGGAGUCAGUCCCAUCGCCAGCCGGUGUAACAUCAGCCUACCGGGUGACCAUGCCCCCAGCCUCAUCGAGUGGAGACAGAGGAAGGAGCAGAGCAAGACUAACUACAGCACUUAUGAACGCAGGCUCAGGGCACAUAACAGGAACCUUCUGUCCAUAGACUUUGAUCAGAGCACCAGAGUAGGGAAAAUCUAUGAUGACCACAGAAAGUUCACCCUCCAUAUCCAGUAUGAUCCUCUGGGGCGACCCGUGGUCUGGUCCCCCAGCAGCAAAUACACUGAAGUCAACAUCAGCUAUUCCGCCGGAGGCCUGUUGUCGACCAUUCACCGUGGGGAGUGGUCCGAGCGGCUGGACUAUGAGAACGAAAGGGUGGUCUCCAGGGCUUGGGUUAACGGCAAGAUUUGGACCUACACAUAUGCAGACAAAUCCAUUAUGCUGCUCCUGCACAGCCAGCGGCGGUACGUGUUCGAGUACGACCAAACGGACCGCCUGGUUGCCGUGACGAUGCCCAGCAUGGUGAAACACACCCUGCAGUCGCUGCUGUCCGUCGGAUACUACAGGAACAUUUACACCCCUCCCGACAGCCUGGCGUCCUUCCUGCAGGACUUCACCCUGGACGGACGGCUGCUGAGGAGCCAGUAUUUGGGAACAGGACGCAGUGUCAUCUACAGGUAUACACCAGCAGCGCGGCUCUCGGAGGUGGUUUAUGACUCCACUCUAGUGACCUUCACUUAUGAUGAAGCCUCUGGCACUGUAAAGACUGUUCAUCUCACACAUAACGGCUUCAUAAGCUCCAUACGAUACAGACAGACAGGCCCCCUGACGAGCCGGCAGAUCUUCCGCUUUAGCGAGGAGGGAUUGGUCAACGCCAGGUUUGACUACAGUUACAACAAUUUCAGAGUGACUAGUAUGCAGGCGGUCAUCAACGAAACCCCGCUGCCUAUAGAUCUGUACCGUUACGUCGACGUAUCAGGACGGGUUGAACAAUUUGGCAAGUUCAGUGUCAUCUUCUAUGACCUUAACCAGGUGAUCACCACACAUCUGAUGAAGCACACCAAGGUGUUUAACUCCUACGGCCAGGUGGUAGAAGUACAGUAUGAGAUUCUCAAAUCCAUCGCGUACUGGAUGACUAUUCAGUAUGAUUCAGCAGGACGUACGACCACUUGCGAUAUCAGGGUGGGCGUGGACAGCAACGUAACUCGCUACACAUAUGAGUAUGAUGCAGACAGCCAGCUGCAAAGUGCCUCGGUCAAUGAACGGCCUCAGUGGCGGUACAGCUACGAUCUGAACGGGAACAUCAACCUUCUCAGCCAUGGCACCAGCGCCAGGCUGACCCCCCUACGUUAUGACCAAAGAGAUCGCAUUACACACCUUGGUGAGCUACAGUACAGUGUGGAUGACGACGGCUUCCUCCGCCAGCGGGCAAACGACCUCUUUGACUACAACUCUAACGGCCUGCUGACCCGCGUGUACAACCGAGUGACCGAGCGAACAGUGUGGUACCGCUAUGACGGCCUGGGUCGACGCGUGGCCACCAAGACCAGCCAGGGCGAGCAGCUGCAGUUCUUCUACGCUGAUCUGUCGCAGCCCACCAGGGUCAGCCACUUGUACAACCACAGCAGCAACCUGAUCACGUCGCUGUACUACGACCUUCAGGGCCACCUCAUCGCCAUGGAGCUGAGCAGCGGGGAGGAGUACUACGUGGCAUGCGACAGCGUGGGGAGCCCGAGGGCGGUUUUCUCAAGCAAGGGCCGACUUGUCAAAGAGAUCCUGUACACCCCUUACGGAGAGGUCUACCAGGACACCAACCCGGAUUUCCAGCUCGUCAUCGGCUUCCACGGAGGCCUGUACGACGCUUUAACGAGGCUGGUCCACCUGGGCAGGCGUGACUAUGACACCUUAGCAGGCCGGUGGACUUCACCCAAUCAUGAACUGUGGGGGGAGCUUAGUAAGGAGCCCAAACCGUUCAACCUGUACGCCUUUAAGAAUAACUGCCCUGUUGGGAGGGUGGAGGAGGUGACGAAGUUCACAACAGACAUCGGUAGCUGGCUGCAGCUGUUUGGCUUUCAGCUUCAUAAUGUUGUCCCCGGCUUCCCAAAGCCUGAGGUGGGAAGUAUGGAACAAACAUAUGAACUGAUGAAGACACAGACCAAGACUCAGGACUGGGACUCCAGCAAGUUGGUUUUAGGGAUCCAGUGUGAGCUGCGUAGACAGUUGAGGAGUUUCAUUUCUCUGGAGCGGCUUCCUCUGGUCUCACAGCCUGUGGGAUCCACCUGCCACCGACCACCACGCCCUCCACCCUUCAGCUCCAGACCCUCUCUCCUCGGCCCCAGUAUCCGGUUCGCUGUUUCCCACGGCCAUGUUAGUGCAGAGGUUAUCGGCGUGGCCAGCGAGGACAGCAGACGUGUGGCGGCCAUUUUGAACGGCGCUGUCCACCUGAGUGGCCUGAGCUUCACUGUGCACGGCUGCGACACCCACCACUUCCUUCAGUCCAGGCCAAUCGAGGAAGACCUCGCCCUUGGGUUAGGAGUCGGGGGCCGCCUCCUGGAGAAUGGGGUGAACGUGAGCGUGUCUCAGAUGAGCGCCACAGUGAACGGCAGGACUCGACGAUUCGCCGAUAUCACGCUUCAGCAGGGGGCGCUGUGCCUGUGCGUGCGCUACGGCGGGACCGAGGAGGAGGAGAGAGCGAGGGUGAGGGAGGAGGCGAGGAAGAGAGCAGUGGAGGGGGCGUGGGAGAAGGAGAGGAAGCGGGUGGAACUAGGGGACGCAGGGAGCAGGGUGUGGAGCGAGGCGGAGAAGCAGCAGCUACUGUCUGGAGGACGCGUUCAGGGUUACGACGGAUACUACUCCCUGCCUAUAGAGCAGCAGCCGGAGCUGUCCGACUGCCCCGCCAACAUCCACUUUAUGACACUGAGCGAGGUGGGGGGCAGGUAACAGAGACACGUGAGCAGCCCCCCACCCCACCAAAGACUGCCUGUUUCUACUCUACUCUGAUUUGUUCUACUGUUUCUAUACUGUAUCAAAAAAAGAAGACGAGAAGAAAGAAGAACAAGAAGAGAGAUUGGGGGAAAAAAUUAUUUCCAAAUGCCUUUAAUUGUGACAAAAUGAUGGUAUUUUAUUAUUAUCGUCCAGUUUCUCCGAUUUCUAACAGUGGCACAAGCUGUGUGGUUUGGCUGUGGCUUUGCUUUUUGUAUUUCGACCGGCCUGGGACUUACUGACUCGACUUACGAACUUACUCUGACUGACGGACGGACGGACUGAUUGUCUGUUAUUUGCUGUUUCAACACUGUUCAUCAUAUAUGACUCUGUUCCAAUUCACUGAACUGUAGAGCUGAAGACUUUAGGAUUGCCGAUGAAAAAUCCUCUUCAUGACUCAAAUCAAGAGCUCUCUGGUUGCCAUUUGAGUUACUACAUGGUUUACCUCGGAUAUACUAUCGUUUACAUAUUGUGUAAGAGAGGCCUUGUCGACUCUGACACUCCCCUUUAGAGAAGGAAACCUGUGCUCUGGUUUUCUGCCUCUGGUGUGCUCCAACAGUAGUUUGUAUGAGUGUGUAUACUAAAAUCAAGAAUGUACAUAGCCAGUGCUUUCACACUGAAAAAAGUGCUCAACUGGGAAUUCUGUUGUUCAUAAGUAAGUGUCAGUAUUGUUAAUCAAUAGAAAAACAGUUACAUUUUUGCAAAGAAUUAUACAUGGCUAUAGUAAAUAUUCUCGCUGAAAAAUCUGACUUUAUUGGGUUACAAUGCUGAUUAAAGUUAUUAUGUGUGAAUUA